AUGGUAUGGUUCGUUGUCGUUCGGGUGGUCUCGUGGUCCGUGUACGGCACGUUUGCCGCGAUUAACAGGUACUUCCACUACAAGACCCACUGGAGGGACUAUCCGUUGACUUUGGCUGUGGUCACCGUGAACAUGCUGCUGCUGCUGAUGACAGACUUCAUGCUGCCUCUAGAUAUAUUCCAUACGUCGUUGUGGGACCGUCCAGCGGGGGAUACUACUGGCCCCGAGUUGCCAAUUGGCGCGAAUGCGACAGCAGGUUUGCCCUUGUCCCUGCUGAAGAGGGAGCAACCGCAGGGCCAAGCCGCACGAGGUGCGUUCUAUGUGGUGUGGCCCACCGUAUACUGGCUGCAAUUCGUCAUAUGUUGGUUCGCGAUCCCAGUGCUUAUCUCGUACAUUGGGCUCAAGUACGCGGCCGCAUACGAGGAGAAGAGACGCAAGUUUGUCAUGGCAGUGUACUCAAACCUCAAGUUUUACCUGCUGUGCCUCUUGGGGGUCGCCGUCGGUGUAGUGUACCUUGUGUUCAGUACGGGUCAUGCAAUACGCGAGUUCAAACCGCUGCUUAUCUCCAUGGCACACCUGUACUCGUUGAGUUACACGCUAAUCCUAUUAUCCCGGGGGGUCGUGCUCCUGCCGAGGGCAUUACUCAACUUCGCUAGCGUGCCAACAACGGAGGCACACAACUCGCUGUACGUGGAGCUUAGUAGACGCAACGACGACCUCAACGACUCGCAGGUGAACGUCCUCGAGUCCGCAGCGGGGAUCCUUCAAACGCAAGAGGUCAGGAACGGUGACGUCCUGUUCAACCAGUUACUGCUCGAUUGCCAACAGGAGGUCCGUGGGAGGAUUGAGGGGCUUAAUUUACAAUCAGUGACAGGGGCCGGCGGGUCCAGUGGUACCUCGCAGAUCGCUUCCCUGGACAAGCUCAACAAGACUUACAACAAGUUCAUUACACAUUACUACAACUACUGCUACUACCAGAACCAAUCGAACACAAUCAUCCAUGUACUUGCGCAGACGGGGAAGACGCAACUGGACCUUGUGCGGAAGUACGUCAUCGUGGCUCUCGGUGUCGUCUCCACCGUGCUCUCUGCGUUUAUCGUCGUCCUAGAGGUGUCCCCUACCAAAUGGGCCCACGGGUGGGUUUUCCUCGGGUCCAGCUGGUACAACUUCAUCCUUGUGUUUGUGAUCCUGACUUACAACACGGUAGCCUCUCUGUACGCCAUGAGUCAGAUCAAGUUCAGUAACUUCCACCUGAUAGCAAACGGCGGGAGCAAUCCAGCGAACGUGCUCUAUUAUUCCCUGUACUCUAGUCGGUUACUGUUCCCGCUGUGUUUCAACCUGAUGACGUUAAUCCCCGCCGCAGGGUCCCCACAGGACGAGUCCGUGUUUGCACAGACGUUGUACGGGGACGUCACGUUGAUCCCACUGGUCAAUGCGUUGAACAAGUACCUCCCACCUGUGUUCCUCGUUCUCGUGCCGCUGUCCUUCAAGUACGACAUCAAAGAGAAGAUCUUGCUCCGCGUGCUGGGGGAGGACUACUACUACCAGUUCUUCGGGAUGAUGCCGUACGACCCAGACUCGGUACAGGACGACAUCGAGGGUUCCCGCACUCACGUCGACGAGGACUACCAGUACUUCUUGGAGGACGGACGAUACUUGUUCGAAAGGGCUUCUGCGAACAAUGUGCAGAGAGCGGAUAGCAUUGAGAUCGGGUUGACGAGAGCCAGCCGUGAGGGAACUGCAGUGAGGGAAACUACUACGCAAGACGACACGACUACGCCGUUGUCGUACAUAUAG